GUUUAAAUAGCUGCUCUCGCGGGGUUUGGAGCUUGGAAGAGUGACGUGUUUUGCAGCGAGGAGUGGGCGUGGGUGAUAUCUCCAAUUUACUAAAAUUGGACUUGGCUGAGCCUGUGCAGUGUGCAGCUGUGUUUUUUGUUUUACUGUAGUGAAGGAUACAGAAGAUUGAGAAUUUGAAGAAAUAGUGACAUCUUGAAAACCUUCCACGUGACCGAGGUGGUGCUGGAUGUCUUAAUGCAUAAAGGUGGUGAUAGACCUCUAUAAUCAAGUAGAAACUUCCUGAAAUCAGUGGAGGAAAACAAGUGAUUGACCAUGGGAAUCUUGAUGUCUCUUAAACAAUACUUUUCAAUGAAAGAAAUAAGAAUUCUCAUGAUUGGUCUGGAUGCUGCUGGAAAAACUACCAUUCUGUACAAAUUGAAGCUUGGUGAAGUUGUUACCACCAUUCCCACGAUUGGUUUUAAUGUUGAGACGGUAGAAUACAAAAACUUCAGUUUCACUGUGUGGGACGUUGGUGGCCAGGACAAAAUUCGAUCACUGUGGCGUCAUUACUUCCAGAACACACAAGGGUUGAUAUUUGUGGUUGAUAGUAAUGAUAAAGAGCGUGUGUCUGAGGCACGUGAGGAACUAAUGCAGGUGCUUGCAGAGGAUGAGUUGCACAAUGCUGUUCUUCUUGUCUUUGCCAACAAACAGGAUCUGCCGAAUGCAAUGAGUACAGCUCAAAUCUCAGACAAGCUGGGCCUGAAUUCUCUGCGCAACCGCAUCUGGUAUAUUCAGGCCACGUGUGCCACCACUGGUGAAGGUCUCUUCAACGGUCUGGACUGGUUAGCUGAUCAGUUGAAACACAAGUGAGGACUGCUUUCUCACGAUUGUUUGGAAAUGUUGACUCACUUGAUGAGGUGAAUUUAGCCAUGCUAACUUUUUUACUUUCAUCAUUUCCUUGGGGUGUGGCAUUUGCUGUUUACUGUCUUGAAUCAAUGAUACACUCAAUAGUGUCUUUGAUUUUGCUGUAGUCUCUCUUCCAAGACUUGUUCAAGCAGCUCCUGUUAGCUUAAUGUGAGAAAUUCAAAUUUGAACUGGACCUUGCAGAAAGAUUUAAUGAACCAACAAUGCAUUAAGAUUUUAUUCAAUCAACAGUGCACCUACUGCAUUCCAAUAAGAUAUUUUGCUCCUGUUUUUUAAAAUGCACUUUUGACCACUGCUCUAAACUAACAAGCAUUUUGUUCAGUUCUUUUGUACUGCAUUGCAAUCACUGGAUUAGUAACUUGUUCUGGAUAUUUUAUAUUUUUGCUUAAUGCCUAACCAGUAACAGAAUAGGUACUACAAAACUAACCUUAUUAAAUACUUUAUCUGUUCACCUCUGCAAAAUAGUCUGGUUUUGAUGUCUUUGCAUGGUUGAAAAUAUGAAUUUUGACUUCAUUUUAGUGAAUGCACCCAAAUGUUUUCUGGAGACUUGCAAAAUGUUCUCUUAAACCUGUUCACUGACAGCUUGAGGGGUGGUGGGGAAAUCUCGGUUUUUUUUUGUAGAAUCAAAAUGCUGGAAAACUUGGAACUACAUGUCCUCUGUAUAAUUGGUGGCCAGCUGCCAAUUAGAGCAACUUGCCCACACAUUUUAGUGUGCUCUGAUGUAUACCUGGAAUUCUCUUUACAAUGAUUUGAUAAUCUUCAUGUAUACUUGGAAGAAAAAGUAGGGAAGGACUUUUCCAACCUGCAUGAUUUAAGGUUUCCACUGUAGCUGGAUGUUGCUGCAUGCUGUCAAAUGAGUGGAUGUAACUGUCCAACCAAAAGUAGUUCAGGAUAACUGAAGAAAAUGAAAGCCUUUGAUACUGCCAUUUUUCAAUGUUUCUGUUACUGUAACCAAAUACACUUUAAUCAGUGACUGGGUAGGUUCACUUCAUCCUUUCUUGGGUCUAGAUUUAGAGCAACAUGGAACUGUUAAAGAAUUUUUCUAAACCUGAAGUCUGACUGUGUGGUGUUUUAAAAUGCAUGCUUAAAAUUUGAUGGGUAGUAACAGAUGGAAAAUGACUUUUGAGCUGUAAGAGGUAACGAGGGCUGAGGCAUGGAAUGGGUUAGUAGAAUUUGAUUGAAUCCUGAUUCAAUCUUUUUUUUAAGAACAAGAUAAACAGUUGAGGAGAUUGGGAACAGAGUGGACAUUAUGAAGUUGAAACAAAGGUUGGAUUAAGGCAGUGGAUUUUUGGUGUGUAUUAAAAUUGCGACACAAAUUUUAA